AUGGCGGAACAGCACGGAGCGCCAGAGCAGGCUGCGGCUGGCAAGAGCCAUGGAGGCCUUGGGGGCAGCUACAAGGUGAUCGUGUACGAAAUGGAGAACUUCCAGGGCAAGCGGUGCGAGCUCUCGGCUGAGUGCCCCAACCUGACAGAGAGCCUGCUGGAGAAGGUGGGCUCCAUCCAAGUGGAGUCUGGGCCGUGGCUGGCAUUCGAACGCAGGGCCUUCCGCGGGGAGCAGUUUGUCCUGGAGAAGGGGGACUACCCUCGCUGGGGUGCCUGGUCCAACAGCCACCACAGCGACAGCCUCCUGUCCCUCCGGCCGCUGCACAUCGAUGGCCCCGAUCACAAGCUGCACCUGUUCGAGAACCCGGCUUUCAGCGGCCGCAAGAUGGAGAUCGCGGACGACGACGUGCCCAGUCUCUGGGUGCAUGGCUUCCAGGACCGCGUGGCGAGCGCGCGGGCCAUCGACGGGACGUGGGUUGGCUAUGAGUUCCCCGGCUACCGCGGGCGCCAGUACGUGUUCGAGCGGGGCGAGUACUGCCACUGGAACGCGUGGGACGCCAACCAGCCGCAGCUGCAGUCCGUGCGCCGCGUCCGCGACCAGAAGUGGCACAGGCGGGGCUGCUUCCUCAGCAGCUGA